AUGCUAGACACCCCCACCGCUGCAGCAAAUUUCAAUGCUUCAGAAACCCGCAAAACUCUUGACAUGGCGCAACCAAUUGUUACAGUUCAAAAUGAUACUUCUAAUGCCCCAUUCACCAUACAAUUGAAUGGAAAGAACUAUAGAACUUGGUCGAAGAUGAUGUUGCUUCAUGUGUCAGGCCAAGGUAAAAGAGGUUAUUUGACAGGGAAGGUGGCACAAGUGGAGGAAGAUGCUCCGGGCUUUGAUAAGUGGUGUAUUGUGGACUCCAUUAUUAAAGGAUCAUGGAUAAAAACCAUGGAACUUGAUUUAGUAGAAUUUUUUUGGAUCUAUCAACAACUAAAGAUGUCUGGGAAAGUACAGCCCAUAUGUAUUAUGACUCAUCUGAUGAGUCGUACAUAUAUGAAUUACAUUGUAAAGCAACCUGUAUUACUCAAGGAGGUCGCGUUAUUACUUCCUACUUUGUUGAGCUCAAGAGCAUUUGGUCUAGGUGAUGAGUUUAAUAAAAUUAGGGGAGAUUUAUUGAGGUUGAGUCCAUUUCCAAAAUGGGAGGAGUUGUUUGCUUUUGUUCGUAAAGAGGCCCUAAGCCGGGAGACGAUGCUCAAGAAGGAUGGAAAGACUCGAUCCUCUACUGUAAUGGUUUCCAAAGCCCCUGCUGCUAGUUUUUCUUUUCCUUUUCCAAUACCAAAGGAAAAAGAAAACAUGCAUUACACUCACUGUAAUGGGAACUGUCAUACAGAGGUCGUGUGUUUCCACAAGAGUGGGUUUCCAGAAUGGUUCCUUGAAUGCCAAAAGCAAUUAAAGGCUGUGCAUGUGAAGAAAAAGUAA